GGUCGCUAUCACUUUGGCCCCCAUCCUUGUUAUGUUUUUGUCCUACUCAUACAAAGCCACCUCCUUUUAACUUUUUCUGUGUUCUUUAAUUUCCAGCUUCUUCUAUAACUUUUCUCAAUUCCGAUCCUCUCAAGCGUGAUACACUGAGGGAGAGAGAGAGAGAGAUGUCAGAUGCCAUGGCUGCUUCUGCCUCCAUUGCCGCCGCUGAUCCACCGCAUGAGGUGGAGAAUUGCAGAGGUGUUCUUUGGGUGUACAGUGAUGGGUCCAUAGUGAGGUCCAGCAAGCCAAGCUUUGACGUGCCGGUGAACGACGACGGUUCCGUUGUUUGGAAAGAUGUUACCUUUGACGCCGUACACGACCUUCAGCUCCGGCUGUAUAAGCCGGCGGUGAUGCCGUCUCCGUCGAAGCUCCCGAUCUUCUACUAUAUCCACGGUGGCGGUUUCUGCAUCAACUCGCGGACAUGGCCCAGCUGCCAUAACUACUGUCUGAAGCUUGCUUCCGAGAUCCCCGCCGUGAUCGUCGCCCCGGACUACCGGUUGGCGCCGGAGAACAGGCUGCCGGCGGCCAUCGAGGACGGCUUCGCAUCCGUGAAGUGGCUCCAAGCCCAAGCCACGUCAGAGGAGGCGGAUACGUGGCUCACGGAAGCCGCUGACUUCGACAGAGUCUUUAUCUCCGGCGACUCCGCCGGUGGGAAUAUUGCUCAUCAUUUGGCUGUUCAACUCAGGGCCGGUUCACCCGAGCUGUCUCCGGUUCGGGUCAGGGGUUAUGUUCUUCUAGCCCCCUUCUUCGGUGGCACUGUGAGGACAAAGUUUGAAAUGGAAGGUCCAAAAGAGGCUUUCCUAAAUUUGGAGCUUAUAGACAGGUUUUGGAGGCUGUCAAUACCAGCAGGGGCGACGACAGAUGAUCCAAUAGUGAACCCAUUUGGACCGGAUAGCCCAAGUUUGGAAGAGGUGAAAGUAGACCCAAUUUUGGUGGUGACAGGGGGAGGUGAUCUGCUGAGAGAUAGAGGCGAAGAUUAUGCAAAGAGAUUGAAGAGCUUUGGGAAGAAGAUUGAGUAUGUAGAGUUUGAAGGACAACAACAUGGGUUUUUCACUAUCAACCCCAAUUCUCAACCUGCCAAGGAGUUGAUGCUUAUCAUCAAACGCUUUAUUGCAGAGAAUUCUGCAUAAGACCAUAAUGUUUCUUCAUAGUUUCUGUCAAAAUAAAAUGAUCUAUAUAAAAUCCAAUAAUUUCAUUGUCAGAUAUGCUUUAAUGCAUAUUUGUUGUGAAACAUGACCAUUGUGUGUUUUGA